CCAGAGCGAGAGAGAGAGAAAACACCGUUGGUUGUCGCUUGACUUAAGGGUUUCUCUGCCUGGUGAGGCAUUCACGUCCCAGAGCUCAUGUGGUAACGUGCAGCUUCGCUUGGCACCACCUACAAAGUGGCCUGAACACAGCAGGGGGUUUGACAAAGACAGAGAGAGAGCAUUUAUGCCUGAGACAGAAAAGGAUCUUUGCUAGAGAGGCCGAGUAGCAAGUGAGAAAAAUCCAGCAGGAGCGACCAAGAGGACCAACUGAAGAACUUUGAUCUCUUAACCUAACCCUUUCAACGACACUGACAUGGCAGCAAUGGAAGCACUGGAGUGCUCAAGCGCGCAGCUAGAGAAACCAUCCCUCACGGAGAUCUCAGAUGACGAAGUCAACAUCCCUCUUUCAGAAGAUGAAGAUGAUGUACUGGCAGCGGCAAAGAAAGAGCUGUCCGCCAUAGAAACGGAAGGCGAAGCUGCCGAAGACAAGGAUGAAUCAAGCAAAUCGGACCAGCAGGUGAAUGGAGUGCUGGUGCUGUCUUUGCUUGACAAGAUCAUCGGUGCCGUCGAUCAGAUCCAACAGACCCAGAGCGGGCUGGAAUCCAGGCAGCAGGAGAUGGAGCGCUCGGUGACCAAUAUCCAAGGCGAGCUCACGAAGCUGACCAAGAACCAUAGCACUACAUCCAACAGUGUCAACAAAAUGAUGGAGAAAGUGCGGAAGGUGAGCGUCAACGUCAAGACGGUGAGAGCCAACUUAGAGAAGCAAGCGGGACAAAUCAAGAAGCUGGAGACCAACGAGGCCGAGCUGCUAAAGAGACGCAACUUUAAAGUCAUGAUCUACCAGGAUGAAGUCAAAGUUCCCUCCAAACUUAACGUUUCCAAGUCCAUGCGGGUCUCUGAGUCUGUAUCAGGAAGCAGAGGAGGAAGUGUGCUCGAGCUCAAGGAAGCUACGGAGGAGCCUGGAGAGGACGCGGAAGAGGGUGAGAAGGAAAACAAACCCACUAUCGACCUUUCCUCAGAUGAGGAGGGCGUGGCGAUCGAGGACGUCCUUUACGAGACCCGUGCGGAACGUAUCAAGCGCAGCAGUCUGCAGCGUGUGCAAACCCUGAAGACCGUAUUCUCCAAGGAGAAGAUGGAUAAGACCAAGGCGAAGACCAAGGAGAACCUGGAGAAGACCAAGCAGAACCUGGAGAAGACAAAGCAGAAGACAAGAGAAAAUCUGGAGAAGACCAGGCAGAAAACUAAGGAGAACAUCGUGAAUACAAAGCAAAAGGCUAAAGAGAACCUGGAGAAAACCCGACACAACAUUGAGAAGAAGAUGGGAAAACUUGGAACACGCAUGAGUGUCAAUCCGGAACGCAAGCAGAAGCUCCAGACGUCCCGCAACAAGAUGCAGAAAGCCUUCACGCCAGACCACGUGGUUUAUGCACGUUCCAAGACUGCCGUGUACAAGGUGCCCCCUUUUACCUUCCAUGUCAAGAAAGUCCGUGACGGCGCCGUCGAGGUGGUCCAAGGCACUGAGAUGGUGGAGGUCUCCCAGAACGCCGAGCCCUUCAACGAAGUGGAUGAAGAAGUCGAGGGAGAGGGGGUGGAGGUCGAGAUGGAAAUGAUGAAUGGUGGAGAUGAUGAUGACGACGAAGACGAAGAGGAGGAAAGCCAUGAUGUCCUUGAGGAUAAAGACAGAGACAGCGACUAGAUCAAGAAUAAGGAAUUUGCCAAAGUCUUUGACAACCAACCCAGAGGUUAUUUUGUAAAAACUGAAUACAGUUUCGGGAUUGAACAGAUCGGUUUUAUUUUCCUUCAAUUUGAUCCGACUAUCGUUGUUUCCUUUUGUUCAUUUGGGACAUCAUAAUAUGCCUCCAUGCCGAGUUAAACCGGGAGAGCUGGCAAAGAUUCUGAGUACCGUAUUUUCUACACUAUAGGGCGCUUUGCAUUAUAAGG